AUGGGUGGGUGGCUUUCACCUCCGGAUUUGGUGUCGCGACAUAGUAUCCAAAGUAGCGCAAUGGUAGCUGCAAUUAUCGGGAUGGAUCCGGGAAAUAGCAACACGAAUGUGGGAAGUGAUGGAGUAGGACCUUCUAGUGUGGGUGGUGCAGACCCUGACGCGGUAUUGCAUAGCGUCACUCUACAGGUGAUGGCUGGGAUGUACACAGUGAGGUUUCUUGAAUUGUCCCGGUUCGCCCCGUAUAUGGUGCCAGAUGAGGAGAGGAAGUUUAAGGAGGGUCUGAGACAGAAAUUGUAUGAGCAUGUGGUAGGUUUCCGAGCUCAAACCUUCUUAGAGAUAGUGGACAGGGCUACGGUGAUCGAGAGCGGCAUACAGAGAGGCGCAACAGCCCAGAGCCAAAGGAAAAGGCUCGCGCCUUCUGAUUUUCAGAUGAUGAGGACGAAGUACGAUACGAUAUUAGCAAGAAGCUUUAGUAAGGAGGAGCAGAGGAAGUUCGGAUGUGGGGCUUUUGUGGGCUGCUUCCUCCUUGCUUUCACAUUUUUCAUGGUUUUCAAGCCUUAUGAUCUCACCCAUCUCCCAGCAGUACUCAUGCCAAAUUUGCAGUUGUCAAUGGGGAUGCGCUUUAGGUUGCGAAUGGUUGAGGAGACAAGUGGCUCUCAGCACAUAGACACAACAAGAAGUGAGGCAGAAUUGGAACCCAUAUGCAAACUAUUGGAACCGAGAUCAGACUAUUGUAAGAUCAAUGGUGAUAUAAGGAUCCAUGGAAAGUCUUCCACCAUUUUUGUUGCUUCAUCUGAUCCAAUGGGCAAUUUGGGAGCAAACAGUACUACUUUGGGAGCAAACAGUACUACUUCAUGGAGCAUAAGGCCUUAUGCUCGAAAAGGAGACACAACAGCAAUGGAGUCUGUGAGGAACUUCUCGGUAAAAUUGGUCAGUAACCAUGACCAUGAACUCCCAAGCUGCACAGUAAACCACAGUGUCCCAUCUGUUCUUUUCUCUCUUGGAGGGUACGCAGGAAACCAUUUCCAUGACUUCACUGAUGUCAUGAUCCCUCUCUAUUCGACUUCUCGACAAUUCAACGGCCAAGUUCAACUUCUAGUGGCUGAUACAAAAUCUCACUGGGUUUCCAAGUUCAAAGCAAUAUUGAGAAAAUUGUCCAACUAUGAAAUUAUCAACAUUGAUGGAGAACACAAUCAAGUGCAUUGCUUCCCAGGAAUGAUAGUUGGCCUUUAUAAACAACGCAAGGAACUUAGCAUUGAUCCCUCGAAAUCUCCGUAUUCAAUGAGAGACUUCAGGGAAUUCUUAAGAAGCACUUACUCCUUAAAAAGGGCUACUGCAAUCACACUAGGAUCAGAUCAUGGAGGUAAAAGGCCAACAAUGCUUAUCAUUUCAAGAAGGAAAUCUCGAUCUUUUAUGAACGAACGCGAAAUUGUUAAGAUGGCUAGGAGGUUGGGGUUCAAGGUCAUUGUUGCGGAAGCUACAGCAGACUUAUCAAAAUUUGCAAAAAUUGUGAACUCUUGUGAUGUGCUGAUGGGUGUGCAUGGAGCUGGCAUUACUAACAUGGUUUUCCUUCCUGAAAGGGCAAUUUUAAUCCAAGUAGUACCUUUGGGUGGGAUGGGAUGGUUAGCUAAAUAUGAUUUUGGAAACCCUGCAGCAGAGAUGAACCUUAGGUACUUAGAAUACCAGAUAAAGGAAGAAGAAAGCAGUUUGAUAAAACAGUAUCCACUUGAUCAUGUUGUUUUUAAGGAUCCCUUUUCAAUACACAAGUUGGGAUGGAACGCAAUUAGGUCAACAUAUUUGGACAAGCAAAAUGUAAAGCUUGACCUUGUUAGGUUCAGAGCCACCCUUUUGGAAGCCCUUCGGUUGCUGUACCAAUAG